CUUUUCUAAGAGCAUACCUUACAUGAAGGAAUGGCUGACAGUAGCUCCACUAAAUGCUCUGGACUCCGAUGCGCAUUUCCUGCCAUCAAGUGAAACAUUCUGUUUGCUUGAUCAAUUUCGUGAAGGGAACACGAAAUCGGAAGAAGAACUGCUCAGACGUAUUUCGUUUGUUCCCGAAAUGAAAGGCAGAAUAAAUUCGCAAGUAGAAGAGCAAAUGCACAGGAAGGUGAACCGGAACAACUACCUCCCAGAUGUGAUGUCGACAGGUAAAUUAUAUGUUUGUCCUUCGACUGCUGUUACAUUUUCACAAUGAACAAACAAACAAGAAAAUGACAGCCGCAGUCGAAGGAAAACUGAAAACUGACAUUCUGUGUGGUGAAAUUCGACACGACACGUUUGGCCGCCUGCACCUUUCAGGGCAACUGGAGUGUAUCCAAGAACAAGCAAAUUCAGCAGAAUCAACAUCAACUAAACUGGAUGUGUUUCAAGAUAUCUGCAAUGAUAACAGACUACUGGACGACAUAGUCGUGUCCAUAGGUCCCUAUAGAGUUUCAAAACUGGAUAUCCUGACGAUAGCACCAAGGCUUCCGAAAGAAACCGAAGACCAAAUGAGAGACAAAAUAGAGAAAGAGAUGAGAUGGCUGGGUGAAUGAUCAGUGUAAGGAAAGAAAUGUAGCUUUAUCAACUCAGGUUAUUGAGGGAUGGCGAAAUUUCAAGUCGGGAAGGAGUCACAGAGUGGCACUUCUACAAAAGGAAAAACUCUCAGACGCAGAAAAAGUGUUUAUACCGAUUCAUAGACAGGGCAGCCAUUGGACAUUGUUGGGAGUACAUGGAAUACAGACUUCAGAAUGUACCGGAUGAUGCCAUUGACCCAACACACUUCAACGUAGAAGUCGGUCAUGGGUACACAACACAGAAGGACACUACCAGCUGUGGGGUUUACGUGUGCAUACGAAGGAUGUGCGGAAAAGGCGACAGCGAGAAGAACAGCUUUGCUGGACAUGGCUGAGUUCGGUGAUCAGCAGGUGAGUGUACUUGCUGAUGAUCUGGAGGAGCUGAAGACUGUGGAGCGAUCACAAUUCCGGAACAUGAAACAACAUCAGAAGUACCGAAUGAGUAUGAGCGGCAUCUGCUCUUCUUUAAAGGAAAGAAACUUGAGAGGAGCAGAGCAAUGUCCCACCUCAACGCCGUUACUGUAUGAUAUAACCAAAAGAAAUUUGGUACUUCCGGAUGCUGUACUACAGAGUGGACGUCCAAGGAAAGACUAUUUUGUGAAGGUGGUGGAAGACUACAUUUUCUUUCAUGUCAGGAAGCAUUUCGGAGCGUAUAAUUCUUGACUGGAUGAGUGUGCCACACGUGGGUAUGUGUAUGUUAGUUAGAGUGAGUGAGUGAGUUUAAAUUUACGCCGCACUCAGCAAUAUUCCAGCUAUAUGGCGGCGGUGUGUAAAUA